CUGAGACACGUGACGCAGCGUCUCCUGCAAGCACUGCGAGAAUCCGCGCGCGUAGCAGGAAUUGGCGCGCUGUUUAAAAAAAUCGACGGUCAACUCCAGAAUAACGGCGUUGCCUUUGUCUAGUGUAACAAGCCGCCGCUCGGACAUCCGCGUCGUUUCGUGAAAUAAUUCUCUCGGAUGUUCGAUACUGCCUUUGAUUCGGUCUCUCCGCGUCUUUUCCACAAGAAUCUUUCGAAACUGCGUAGAAAGUGGAAGAAAACGAGAAACAUCUCUCCAUCUGAAACAAUGGCUCCGACCUACAUGACUGACUACUCUAAACUUUCCAACAAGGAAAAGCAUAAAUUGAGAAAACCAGUGGUGGAGAAGAUGCGCAGAGAUCGCAUCAACAACUGCAUCGAGCAGCUCAAAUCCAUGCUGGAGAAGGAGUUCCACCAGCAGGAUCCAAACACCAAGCUGGAGAAAGCUGACAUCCUGGAGAUGACGGUGGUUUUUAUGAAACAGCAGCUGCAGCCCAAGACCUCGGCUCCACAGAAAGCCCACUUUGACGGCUAUUCCCAGUGCUGGAGGGAGACCAUGAGCUUCUUAUCUGGAAACUCCAAGGUGGACGCUGUACGUCAGCAUCUGAACCACUGCCAGGAAGGCCAGAGAUCAUCUAAAGGCCUCGUUCACGUGUCUCCAGCUUCCCAUCAGCCCAUCAAGGUGAAGCAGGAACCGUGUGCUCGCAGACCUCUCUGGAGACCCUGGUAGAUGAUGAAAGACUUUGACAGAAAAACUAGAUGGUGGUUUUACCAUCUUUUAUGUAGUAGGAGAUACUUCCUUUUUAAAUUUGUUUUGAAAGAAUCUUUUUAUGGUGCUCCUACCUAGUUUGUAGAAGGAAGUGGGUUUCACAAUGUGAAAGUCUAAUCUUCUACAGGUGAUUAUAUUCUGAUCAGAGGUUUAU